UCUCGGAAGAAUUCCUUGACAGUGACACAGACUACGUUGAACUCUGUCGUCAACCCGGCGUGAUACCACAUGCUGUUUCAUAACAUCAUAGGAGUCCAUGUAGAGAUAUUCAAAUCGACUACUGCUAUAAUUAGCAUUUUAUUCGACGAGUCACGGACAUCGUGCACAAGCAUUCGUAACAGCACUGGGGAUAUUUCGCUGUGUUCACAUCGUCAGUGAGUGCAAGAUGAGUGUCUUCGUGGCGUUAACGAAAUUUUCAUCCAGCAUGGUGUCCGCAGCAGCAGGUGCAAGAUGUUACUCACAAAUUGGCUUCGUCGGAUUGGGCAACAUGGGCAGUCAUAUGGCAAAAAAUCUAUUGACGAAGGGUUACAAGCUCACCGUGUACGACGUUAACAAAUCGGCAACGACGAGCUUGGUAGAAGCGGGUGCGAGUGUUGCGUCGAGCGCCGCUGAUCUGUCGAAGGAAGUCGAGGUUGUUAUUUCGAUGUUGCCUUCGAACCAACAUGUACUUGACGUCUACACCGGCCAGAAAGGUAUAUUAAGUGCAGCGAAGGAAAACGUUUUGUUGAUCGACAGCAGCACUGUGGACCCAUCCGUGUCUCAAUCGAUCGCUGCGAAGGCUCGACGACUUAAUCUGAGGUUUAUCGAUAGUCCUGUGUCAGGAGAAUUGUAUUCGUCUUUUAGAUUGGGCUUAGACGCGAGAUUAUUAGCGGACAUCAUAAAUUCCAGUUCAGGCAGGUGCUGGUCUUCCGAUCUCUACAAUCCGGUUCCGGGAAUCUUGCCUAACGUUCCCAGCUCAAAGAACUACGAGGGUGGUUUCGGUACGACGUUGAUGGCUAAAGAUCUUGGACUAGUUCAGUCUGCUGCGACAAGAACACAGACUCCGAUUCCUCUCGGUUCAUUAGCGCAUCAAAUUUACCGGAUAAUCAUCGAUCAAGGAUUCUCGAACAAGGACUUUAGUGUAGUUUAUCAGUUUCUUAAAGGUAAAAGUUAAGAUACAAGUUAAAAAUAUAAAACUUAUGCUCCCUAAAGAUAUUUUUAUCUACGAACAUAAUGAACGAAUUUUGUAUCGAAAAAGUUCUACCAAAAUAAAUACUUAUUUUCCCAGCAAA